GUCCUGAGGUCAGUGGACAACUUUUAGCCUUGGUUUGGAAUUCCACAACUCGACUGUGUCACUGGUGCGUCCGGGUUUUGGGGCCGGAGAGGAGUUGCCACCAUGUCUCGCUUUGACACGAAGGAGUUCGGGGAGGCUGCACCGUUUUUACGCAAAUCUGAGCUGGAGCUGCUGGCGGCGCACACCGUCGCUUUUGACGGUAAGAAGCGAGCCUGGAUCCCUGAUGAAAAAGAGGCGUACAUUGAGAUUGAGAUCAAGGAGCUCAGAGGUGACAAAGUCAUUGUUGAUACCAAAGAUGGGAGGACUCUGACAGUGAAGGACGGUGACAUCCAGCAGAUGAAUCCUCCUAAGUAUGACAUGAUCGAAGACAUGGCCAUGCUGACGCACCUCAACGAGGCCUCUGUGCUGUUCAACCUGCGCAGACGCUACUCUGCCUGGAUGAUCUAUACCUACUCCGGGCUCUUCUGUGUGACAGUGAAUCCAUACAAAUGGCUGCCUGUCUACACAGCCCCUGUGGUCGCUGUCUACAAAGGCAAACGCCGCUCUGAGGUGCCGCCGCACAUCUAUUCCAUAGCAGACAAUGCCUACAAUGACAUGCUGCGCAAUCGGGAGAACCAGUCCAUGCUCAUCACCGGAGAAUCCGGUGCUGGCAAAACUGUCAACACGAAACGUGUCAUUCAGUAUUUUGCCAUUGUGGCAGCUCUUGGGGAAACAACUGCCAAAAAAGGAGGGACUCUGGAGGAUCAGAUCAUCGAGGCGAACCCGGCCAUGGAGGCGUUUGGUAACGCCAAAACGUUAAGGAACGACAACUCAUCCCGUUUUGGAAAGUUCAUUAGGAUCCAUUUUGGACCAACUGGCAAACUGGCCUCAGCUGAUAUUGAUAUAUAUCUUCUGGAAAAAUCCAGGGUGAUAUUUCAGCAGCCCGGUGAGAGGAGCUACCACAUCUACUACCAGAUCAUGUCGCAGAAGAAACCAGAACUGUUAGACAUGCUGCUGGUGUCCUCCAACCCAUAUGACUUCCACUUCUGCUCGCAGGGCGUCACCACUGUGGAGAACCUGGAUGACGGACAGGAGCUGAUGGCCACUGAUCACGCCAUGGACAUCCUCGGCUUCCUGCCCGAUGAGAAGUAUGGCUGCUAUAAAAUAGUUGGAGCCAUCAUGCAAUUUGGCAACAUGAAAUUCAAGCAAAAGCAGCGUGAGGAGCAGGCGGAGGCCGACGGCACUGAAAGUGCAGACAAGGCCUCGUACCUGAUGGGAGUCAGUUCAGCUGACCUCAUCAAGGGCCUCCUCCACCCAAGGGUGAAGGUGGGGAACGAGUAUGUGGUGAAGGGACAGAACGUAGAACAGGUGAACUACGCCGUCGGUGCUCUGGCCAAAGCCACGUAUGACCGCAUGUUCAAAUGGCUUGUGGGACGCAUCAACCGGACCCUGUACACCUCCCUGCCUCGCCAGUACUUCAUAGGAGUCCUGGACAUCGCCGGAUUUGAGAUCUUUGAUCUCAAUAGCUUCGAGCAGCUGUGCAUCAACUUCACAAACGAGAAACUGCAACAGUUUUUCAACCACCACAUGUUCAUCCUGGAGCAGGAGGAGUACAAGCGCGAGGGCAUCGAGUGGACCUUCAUUGACUUUGGGUUGGACCUUCAAGCUUGCAUUGAUCUCAUUGAAAAGCCACUGGGCAUCAUGUCCAUCCUUGAAGAGGAGUGCAUGUUCCCAAAGGCCACAGACAGCAGCUUUAAAGCCAAGAUGUAUGAUAAUCACAUUGGCAAGUCGCCUAAUUUCCAAAAGCCGCGGCCAGACAAGAAACGCAAGUACGAGGCCCAUUUUGAGCUGGUGCACUACGCUGGAGUGGUGCCAUAUAACAUCAUUGGCUGGCUGGACAAAAACAAAGACCCACUAAAUGAGACGGUGGUUGCAUGUUUCCAGAAGUCUGCCAACAAGCUGCUAGCUUCUCUGUACGAGAACUACAUCGGCUCAGACUCAGCGUCUGACCCAAAGCCUGGCAGCAAAGAGAAGAGGAAGAAGGCAGCCUCUUUCCAGACGGUGUCUCAGCUUCACAAGGAAAAUCUGAACAAGCUGAUGACCAACCUUCGCAGCACCCAGCCCCACUUUGUUCGCUGCAUCAUCCCUAAUGAGAGCAAGACUCCAGGGAUCAUGGAUCCAUUCUUGGUGCUGCACCAGCUGCGCUGCAACGGUGUGCUGGAGGGCAUCAGGAUCUGCAGAAAGGGCUUCCCCAACCGCAUCCUCUACGCUGAGUUCAAACAGCGCUAUCGCAUCCUGAAUCCACAUGCCAUCCCAGAUGAUAAGUUUGUGGACAGCAGGAAAGCUGCAGAGAAGCUGCUGGCCUCCCUGGAUAUCGACCACAACCAGUACAAAUUUGGACACACAAAGGUGUUCUUCAAGGCUGGCCUGCUGGGUCACCUCGAGGAGCUGAGGGACGAACGUUUGGCCAAAGUCCUGACACUGCUGCAGGCGGCCGCUCGUGGUAAAAUCAUGAGGAUGGAGCUGCUGAGGAUGAUGGAAAGAAGGGAAGCUCUGAUGAUCAUCCAGUGGAACAUCCGGGCCUUCAACGCUGUCAAGCACUGGCCCUGGAUGAAGCUCUUCUUCAAAAUAAAGCCUCUACUGAAGAGCGCUGCCACAGAAAAAGAGCUGGCCUCUCUGAAGGAGGAGCUGGCGAAGCUGAAGGAGGCUCUGGAGAAAUCCGAGGUCAAGCGGAAAGAGUUGGAGGAGAGGCAGGUCAGCCUGAUCCAAGAGAAGAAUGACCUGUCUCUACAGCUGCAGGCAGAGCAGGAUAACCUGGCAGAUGCUGAGGACCGCUGUGAACUGCUCAUCAAAACUAAGAUCCAGCUGGAGGCCAAAGUGAAAGAAAUCAUGGAGAGGCUGGAGGAUGAGGAGGAGAUGAGCGCUAAUGUGCUCGCCAAGAAGCGCAAGCUCGAGGACGAGUGUGCCGAGCUGAAGAAAGACAUUGACGAUCUGGAGAUCACUCUGGCUAAAGUGGAGAAGGAGAAGCAUGCCACUGAGAACAAGGUGAAGAACCUGAUUGAGGAAAUGGCAGCUCUGGAUGAAACCAUAUUGAGGCUGACCAAGGAGAAGAAGGCUCUACAGGAGGCUCAUCAGCAGACCCUGGAUGACCUGCAGGCAGAGGAAGACAAAGUCAACACUCUGACCAAAGCCAAGGCAAAGCUGGAGCAACAAGUAGAUGAUCUCGAGGGCUCACUGGAACAAGAGAAGAAACUGCGUAUGGACUUGGAACGGGUCAAACGCAAACUGGAGGGAGAUCUGAAACUCUCCUUGGAGUCUGUUAUGGACCUGGAGAACGACAAACAGCAACUUGAAGAGAAGCUGAAAAAGAAAGACUUUGAAAUGAAUGAGAUGAGCACAAGGAUUGAGGAUGAGCAAGCCUUGGUGAAUCAGCUCCAGAAGAAGAUAAAAGAGUUACAGGCUCGUAUAGAGGAGCUGGAGGAAGAGCUGGAGGCCGACCGGUCUUGUAGGGCCAAGGUGGAGAAGCAACGCGGGGAUGUGGCUCGAGAGCUGGAGGAGCUGAGCGAGCGCCUGGAAGAGGCUGGUGGGGCCACCUCUGCCCAGAUCGAGAUUAACAAAAAAAGAGAGUCAGAUUUUCUGAAGCUGAGGCGAGACCUGGAGGAAGCCAUGCUACACCACGAGGCCACGACAGCGACCUUGCGGAAGAAGCACGCCGACAGCGUCGCAGAGCUGAGCGAGCAGAUCGACAGCCUGCAGAGAGUCAAACAGAAGCUGGAGAAGGAGAGGAGCGAGGCCAAGAUGGAGGCCGACGAUCUGGCCUCCACUGUGGAGCAGCUUUCCAAGGGCAAGGCUACAUCAGAGAAAAUGUGUCGCCUGUAUGAAGACCAAAUGAAUGAGGCUAAAGCCAAGGCUGAAGAGCUCCAGAGGCAGCUCAACGAAACCAACACCCAAAGGGCCCGAGCUCAGGCUGAGAGUGCCGAGCUGGGCAGGAAGCUUGAGGAACGCGAAUCCAUGGUCUCUCAGCUCCAGCGUGCCAAGAACUCCUUCAGCCAGAAUGUGGAGGACCUUAAGAAACAGCUGGAGGAGGACAAUAAGGCUAAGAGUGCCCUGGCCCAUGCACUGCAGUCAUCUCGCCACGACUGUGAUCUUCUGCGAGAGCAGUACGAUGAGGAGCAGGAGGCCAAGGCUGAGCUGCAGAGAGCUCUGUCCAAGGCCAACGCUGAGGUGGCUCAGUGGAGGACUAAGUAUGAAACUGAUGCCAUCCAGAGGACUGAGGAGCUGGAGGAAGCCAAGAAAAAGCUGGUGACACGUCUGCAGGAGGCUGAAGAGACGGUGGAAGCAUCCAAUGCCAAGUGCUCCUCCCUGGAGAAGACCAAACAUCGGCUCCAGACAGAGAUCGAGGACCUGGUUAUUGACCUGGAGCGUUCCAAUGCUGCAGCCGCUGCCCUCGACAAGAAGCAACGCAACUUUGACAAGGUGCUGGCUGAGUGGAGACAGAAAUAUGAAGAGUGCCAGUCGGAGCUGGAGACCUCUCAAAAAGAGUCUCGUGGUCUGAGCACAGAGCUCUUCAAACUGAAGAAUUCUUAUGAGGAGACCCUGGAUCAUCUGGAGACCAUCAAGAGGGAGAACAAAAACCUCCAAGAGGAGAUUGUUGACCUGUCUGAUCAAAUCAGUCACGGAGCGAAGACCAUCCAUGAGCUGGAGAAGAUGAAGAAGGGUCUGGACAUGGAGAAGAGUGAGAUUCAAGCUGCACUGGAGGAAGCUGAAGGCACUCUGGAGCAUGAAGAGAGCAAAACUCUCAGGAUCCAGCUGGAGCUAAACCAGAUCAAGGCCGACGUUGACAGGAAGCUGGCAGAGAAGGAUGAGGAAAUUGACAAUCUUCGUCGUAACCACCAGAGAACACUGGAGUCCAUGCAGGCCACCUUGGAUGCCGAGGCUAAGUCUCGCAACGAGGCAGUGCGUCUGAGGAAGAAGAUGGAGGGUGACCUGAAUGAGAUGGAGGUGCAGCUGAACCACGCCAACAGGCAGGCCUCUGAGUCCCAGAAACUCCUGAGAAACCUGCAGGUUCAGAUCAAGGACAUUCAACUGGAGUUGGAUGAGACUAUUCACCAGAAUGAGGAGCUGAAGGAGCAGGUAGCGGUAACUGAGCGCCGAAACAACCUGCUGGCUGCUGAGGUGGAGGAGCUCAGGGCUCUGCUGGAGCAGAACGACCGUGCGCGCAAGCUAGCUGAACAUGAGCUGCUUGAGGCCACCGAGAGGGUCAACCUGUUGCACUCUCAGAACACUGGGCUCAUCAACCAGAAGAAGAAGUUGGAGAGCGAUCUUUCCAUGCUGUCGAAUGAGGUUGACGAUGCUGUUCAGGAGUGCCGCAAUGCAGAGGAGAAGGCCAAAAAGGCCAUCACUGAUGCGGCCAUGAUGGCAGAGGAGCUGAAGAAAGAGCAGGACACCAGCGCCCAUCUGGAAAGGAUGAAGAAGAACAUGGAGCAAACCAUAAAGGACCUGCAGAUGCGUCUGGAUGAGGCUGAGCAGAUUGCUCUCAAGGGUGGCAAGAAGCAGGUUCAGAAGCUGGAGGCCAGGGUGAAAGAACUGGAGAAUGAACUGGAGUCUGAGCAAAAGAAGAGUCAGGAGUAUCAGAAGGUAGUGCGCAAGUACGAGAGGAGAAUCAAAGAGCUGUCCUACCAGGCUGAGGAAGACAAGAAGAACCUGGUCCGUCUGCAGGACCUCAUCGACAAGCUGCAGGUCAAGGUGAAGAGUUACAAGAGACAGGCUGAAGAAGCGGAGGAGCAGGCGAACACCAACUUGUCUAAGUACAGGAAGCUCCAGCAUGAGCUUGACGAUGCAGAGGAGAGGGCUGAUAUGGCCGAAUCACAGGUCAACAAGCUUCGGGUCCGCACCCGCGACCAAGGCAACAAGGUUGGUAAAUACAUGUAAUACAUUUCGUAUUACAGUAUGAUGCAGAAUUGUAUGACCUUUGGAAGAAUUUAUUAAAAUUAGCCGGCAGGCUUCAUAACAAGAACUAAUCUUAGAAGAGACUGGAUGUAAUCCUCUGUUGAAGAUGACCUCACAUAGCCCUCUCAUGUGAUCUCUGGUGUGGUCAUGAGUAACUCUAUGACACUGUGUAUGUGGUUGCUAACAAACACCCCUGUCUUGUGUAUUUCAGCUUGCUGAGUGAUGCGGUGAGGCUGAACGCCGCAGCCAAACAUAUCACAGCUAGCCAGCUGCAACAGCUGUGCUUGACUGUGUGGACACACCCAA